CGCCACCUGCUUGCGCGGAUUUCAGCGGCGGGGAAUCGAAAUAUUCAAACGAGAAUCAAACCUAUAAUAUAAUUCUACUUUUGUGAGAGCGAGAUGUUAAUCAAAGGAUUCGGACACCUGCUUAGGCCUACCAGAAACGUGGUUCGUCGUCUAAGCUCUCGUUGCAGACGGGACCGAGAAAUGACAAGAAAUUCCCCAACAGCCGCUGCUUCUUCAAGGAACGAGACGGGAAGCUGUGGGUUUGUGAGGACCCCAAUCCUGACAUUGACUUCGAGUAUCUGGAGGGAGGCGAGAGCAGUGCCGUCAUAGAACAGUUUGCGAGCGAAGCUCUCUUCGCCGAUCGCACGCCCUCUUGGAAAGCGAGACUCGUCCCCGUGGCCGCCGAUGCCCCCUGCCCCAUGCCCGAAAUAAAGGCAGCUUUUCCCUACCAGUAUGAGCUCUUUAUGAUGCCCCAUCACGGACUGAUUGACGGGUUCACUAUGACCUUUGUCACCGGUAAGCUUGUGGGCCUGCUGAAUGACGUCAUAGCUGGACGACCCAUAAAUGAUGAGCCCUUUGGGGUCUACCUGAACAACGAGGAAAUUGUCAAGAUCGAUGAACAGAUCGCGAAGGACUUCGAGAAGGAACCCGAGAAAGUUGAAGCGAUGAAGCAGGAGCUCCUAGCGUGCGACACCACGCCCAUCCUCAGCAGGGCCUUCCCACCCCCCGGAGGGAAGCCAGCAACCGACUUCGUCUACCGGGACGUCGACCAAGAGUGUCUAGCUUCCUUCACGGCAAAGUGCAAGGCCAAUGGUGUCACAUUCAACAGUGGUAUAGAAGCUGUAAUUAACACAGCCAUGAUCGAGAUGGCGAGGGAGGCGGGAGUGGAGGGGGAGUCCCACUACUUGAGCAUCAAUCUAGCGACGGAUCUGAGACGCUACAUGAAGCGCCGCCCCCUCCCGAUCCUCGGCCUGCACGUGCGCCCCACUGUGCACAGGAUAGAGACGCCCUUCGACGUCCGGGACAACUUCUGGGACUACACCAGGAAGCUCCACCAGAGGCUCUCGAUUCUCCUGAAGUCUGGCGAGGCCCUUCAGCAGAACGUGGUGAGGGAGAUGACCAUGCCGCAGGUAUCUCCUGUAGAAUUUCAUGCAUCCAAGCCCAAACCCCUGCGUGACUACGGUCUCACAAACGUCGGGGAUUUGACAUCUGUUAUUCCAGGCGUCGGGGAACACCUCCAGCAGACGGACCUUGGCAUGUUUACCUGCGCACAUUCCACUGGGUUCCCGAUGCUUCACCAGCUCUACACCUUCCGAGGACACUCGCCCUACACCCUCAGCUACGACACCUCUUACAUAGCGAAGGAAACCGCCGUUGCACUCAUGGACAAGAUUCUCAUGCUUAUGCACGAAGUUGGGACGCCGUGCUAAAAUGUUUGAAAAAAGGGGUUAAAAAGGGGAAGUGACCUUCAGAAAGAAUCGUGACUGUGCAGGAACCUUACCUGUUGCUAUCAGUAACUAAUGUAUAUAUUUUUUAAAUGACAGUAACCUACUAUUCGCUAGCUUUCUGUGAGGCAUACUCAGUUAAAGAGGGAAAUGCACAUAGGUCCCUACCAUCGCAUUCUUUAUGCAAUUAUAAACUGAAGAGCUGUUUUUGAGACGAACAUUAUUAGAAGUGAGAGAAAUGCACCACAGAAUUGUAUAGAAUCUAGGUCGUAAGUGUAGAGUCCUUGACAGUGCUAUGUAAAGCACGAAUUGCUUCUUCAUUUUCUGACAGGUCAUUAUAACUCAUUUUAAUUCAUCUGAUUCUGUUUUAUCUGUCUCUAGUUAUUCGUAAUUAGUAUUGUCUGUGUUUACCAGUAUGGGUCGGUGAAACUGCGUGAAAUUUACAAAAUAUCUAGAUAUUUUAGACUAGCGUGAUCAGUUUAUUUGUACGGUUUUCUGACUUUAUAUAAAACAUAAUUCGUGUGACUUCGGUAUAACAUUAUAUCGAUAUAUUGUUGACUUGAUUCUGCUUUUCUAAACGAGUUGUUUAAAGCAGUAAGUAUUGUGCCUAACUAAAAUUAGGGGAAAAUACAAAUUUGGUGUUUUAUGACGAUGGGUUAGUAACAAGAUUCCUGAAUCAAUUAAGUUAUAGAGAUGUCCACUUGUACCUAUCUAAGUAAUUACCGUUUGAAGCUUUGUUUUGAAAAUGGAGGAUUUCUCUCGUUUCAACCUUAGAAAUAAGUGGAGAGAAAAUUUUGAGUUGACGGAAGCUGAUGAACAAAAAAAAA